GGACGAGACGCACAAUCCCGCCCGCCGUCCCACCGCACCCCUCGGCAUGCCUCAGAAGCCUUGGCUAACGGGUUGCUUCCUCGUUAUCGGGCGGGCCCGCAAGGCCUCCUCGGGAUUGGUGGGUUUGUGCUGUGUGUCAGCGCAACCGCGGCGCCGAGGCGGGUCCUUCGCCACGAUUGGCUGAGCGAUCUCCUGCGCCCCGCAGCCGAUUGGCUGUUCUCCGGCGGGUAGGCGGGGCCGGGUGGGAGGCGGAAGCCACGGCGGAGCGUUCCGGUGCUGAGGUGGCUGGGGGCGGGCUCGGUGCUGUGGCGGCUCGGUUGUCGUUGUGUGCCGGUUGCUGGUAGGUCGGUACCUUCCGUCUCCUGGUGCUGUCCUGCGGUUGUGUGAGGUCUGUGGGGCUGUCGCGCGGCUCUCGGCGGCGGACCUGGACCUGGACCUGGACCGGACACGGCGCGCUGUGCGGCGCUGGGCACCGCUGCCAGCUCUGGCGGGAGCGGCUCCGCUGGUGUGUGGGAGGAAUCGGGGCGGGUUCGCAGCUCCUUGGGGUCCAGGGCGGUGAGGAACGGCCGGGCGGGCUGGGCCGGCGGCGGUCUCCGCCUUCACCGGGCUCUGCGGUCAGUCCUGGUCUCGGCACGCCGGUGCCUGCGCUACGACCGAGCCUCUUUUGUUGGGGGUCUGAGCUCGGUGCCCAGGUUUAACCAGCAGUGGAGCCCUUCCUGGGAAGGUUUCUGCCCCGUGAGCCACGCCGGAGGCAUAGCGAUCACCUUGUCCUCGCAGGUGCAGGACUUUGCAUUUCUGUUGGUUGAACUUCGUGUGGUUCCUGUCAAUGUGUUUCUUCAGCCUUUCCAGAUCCCUUUGGAUGGCAGCAUGACCCUCUGGUGUAUCAGCACCUCUUCCUCAUUGUGUGUUGUGAAAAUUUGAUGAAGGUACACUCUGCAAUGGUAUCGGCUAGCUCAUUUUGCACUUGUGGAAUCUUGGUUCCUGUGACCAGUCAGUAUCCAAGAGAUUUAAAAAAAAAAAAUGGUGUGAAGGACCUGUGCAUGAUGAAUAGUACUGUCUGGAAGUCUCUUCACUGCUGAAUAAGCAUACCUACGAGCUACUCAGUGCAUGGAAGAGGCUGAAGAUGCUGAGCCGUUUGUCAGGUUUAGCAAAUACUGUUCUACAGGAGCUGUCAGGUGAUGGUGCAGAUGCAGUUACUGAAUCCUCUGUGACUGUACAAACUUCAGAGUCAGGAGCAGAAAGCAUGGAGGAGGCACCUGGGGAGUUACUGGAGCGCCUAGCUCAAACAGAAAAACUAGUUGUCCAGCUGAAGGAUUUGAUCCGAGAAAAGGAUGCUCUGCUCCAGCAAAAAGAAACCGUACUCAAGGAAGAGCGGGAGGCUGCAGAUGCAAAACUGAUGAAGCUGAAACUUCAGGCCAAAGCCAAACUGGCCUCUCUGAAUAAACGCAUUGAGGAGUUGACAGAGAAAGGAUCACCGAUGCCUGCACAGACCUUAUCAGAAGAGCAAGUGUAUUCUAAGUGUCAGAGUAAUCAAAAUACAAAUGAAGGGCACAGAGAUGAAGUCAAAGGACUAAUAGAGCAGCUCAGGACACAAGAGGAUACUGUUCAGGAUCUGAAGGAACAGCUGGCUCUAGCCAAGAUGAAUCUUAAUGAUGCUGAAAUCAAGUACGCGACACAGCUGAGUCACCUGCAGGAAGUAAUUAAGGAGAAGGAAGCUUUCCUAAAAGAGCAGGUUCAACAGCACCAAGCUGAAUUGCUGAAGAUAGCGGCUGAGUCAAAUCUGGAUAUAGAGAUGCAGCAGAACCUGCAUACACUUCAGAGAAAGCUACAGGAAAAGGAAACAGCUCUGCUAGAACAAACUCAGGUGGUAGAAUUUCUGGAGCGGGAAUUGCAUAUGGCUGAACAACAAAAACAGAUGUUACAAGAUCAAUGCCAGAAGAUGUCAGUGGAUCUAAGCUCCCUGAAAGAUGUGCUAGAUGCAGAGAGACAAGAGUCUCGGAGUCUUAGAGAGAAAAUGGAGAUGGAACUAGCCGAGAGGAAGCUGUCCUGCCAUCACUUGCAGGAGGAGGUACAGUGUCUCUCAGAACAGCUGCAAGAGGCAAGAAGGGCGCAAGUGGAAUUAGAGAGAUACAGAAGCUUGGAGAAGAAACGAAGGCAGGAGGUGGAAGAGAAAAACCUACAGAUCAGUUGUCUUAAGGUGGCUGAGCAAGAGCUCCAAUCUAGCUAUGCUGCCCUUGUAGCUGAAAAUGAUAAGCUGAAACUGGAUGUUGACCAACUGUUGAUGCUGUCUGCUGAAAACAGUACUACAAUAAAGAAACUACAGGAUGAACUUAUACAGAAAUCUGAAGAAUUUGUAUGCUGUCAGAAUAAGCUGAAAUCCUGGUUGGAGGUCUCUGAAUUGAAGAAAGAGGAUAAAACAACUUCACAGGAAAAAACGAUAGAGAAGGAAGAUGGGACUGGGACUUUACUACUAUCCACAGAAAACUUGGAAAGACGGAAGACUGAAGAUGAGAUACCACGCUUGCAACUUGUUCUCCGGGAGCCUCAGCAGGAAGCUGCGAUGGUUGCAGAAAAUUCAAAGGAGAACAAAAAUGCUGGAUCUGAGGUGAAAAUGCAAGACUUGCAGACUCUGGAAGAUCCAGCCUCUUACGUAGAUUGCCCUCCUACACUGAGAGGUGUGUCAGGAGAGAUGGUGAAUUCAGAAGUGCAAAAGCCUUUUGAUGAUACUUCGGUGCUACCUGAGGCUGAACAACCCCACCUCCCUCAGCCUGUCUUCAUAGGAGAGGCAAGAACAGAUGGCUUUCCCAGGGGAAGUGAGCAGUUUACUGGGGAAAAAUGUAUGUCUGGAAUUCUAGAAUAUCUUGCUGCAGAGAAACAGAAGGAGCUGUCAGUUUUGCUGCUGGAACUGAAAGAAGCCCAAGAAGAAAUAGCAUUUCUGAAAGGGCAGCUCAAGGACCCAAAUAGUCAAACUUCUACAGUAAAUGAAGCAGGAGAAGAAGCUAACCAGCUGGAAGAUAAUUCCCAGACACGGCAUCUUGACAGGGAAGAGCAAAAGGCUUCAGAUGCACAAAAUGAGUUGAUCAAUAGCUCAUUGCUGAGAGAAACAGAAAUACAGCAAAUUAGUGCACUUCAGGAAAACAAAACCAGUCUUCAAGAAGUGCCCCAGGGGAGUGCUGUUCAUGACAGAAGGGAAAUGGAAGCAACACAGGAAGUCUCUACAACAGUUUCAGAGCCUGGCACCUCUCAAUGUGAAGAGCUGAUAAAGCUGCAAAAUCAAGUUACAGAACUGCAAAUAAUUCUGCAGAAAUCAGAAGAAUCCUAUAAGAAAGAUCUGGGAGAAAAAGAUGAAGAAAUAAAUAGGCUAAACCAGUUGGCUGAGGAAUACAGAAAAAAGAUAGAGGAUUCUGACAGUGCAUUUUGUGUUUUGGCUGAAGAAAGAGAUCAGCUCCUUUGUAAGGCGAAGGACCUUUCUACCAUAACAGAACUGAAGGAGCAAGUGAAGCAACUGGAGGAAAAUCUAGCUCUUUCAGAAAAGCAGAGACUGUCAGACAGUCAGAGCAGUCUUCUGAGAGAACAAAUCCAAAGCCUAAAACAUGAAUUUAAAUCCAAAGAGAGAAAAAUUGAAGCUUUGCAAAAAGACUUGGAUGAAGCACAACUUCAGCUUUCUGAUCAGGACCUGCAACUAAAAGAUAUGAGAAGCCAGGUCCAGAACAAGGAAUGUGAAGUACUUGAUCUGGAACAACUUCUGAGGAAAAACACAGCUGAGAUUGAAGAGCUUUCCCAAAGCUUAGCCUUAAAGGGCCUUGAAGCAGCAAGUCUAGAACAGCUUGUUGCCGAACGUACCAGGUGUAUAGAGACCCUGCAACAAACCUUGUUUGAGAAAGAAGAACAGAUGACAGAGAUCAGUGUCAGCAUGUCCGAGAAAAUAGUACUGCUGAAUGAAGAAAAAUUUUCUCUAGAAACAGAGUUAAAGAGUCUCAAAGAGAAAACAAGCCUCUUAUUAAAAGCCGAGGAGGAAAAAGACAAAAACAUAAAAGCAAAAGAUACAUACCUGAACCGUGAAUCAUCUGAGCAGCAGUAUGAGACAGAAGCAGCGUGUAAAGAAAGUGAGACAUUAGUAAGUGAACUUGAACUUCUGAAAAAAGAAAAUGAACAAGUGAAGCGGAAGCUGCAAGCAGCACUUGUUAACAGGAAGGAGCUCCUGAAGAAGGUUAGCAAAUUGGAGAACGAAUUAGUACAGCUGAGAAGAGAGGCUGAAUCAGAAAACUCAGUGGCUCAAGAAGCUGAAGGAGGAGAUAAUACGACAAUUAGAAUAAGCCAAGAAGUGAAUCUUGAAAGCCAGCCCAGAGAGGGAUAUCUAAUUCAACUGCUUUCUGAAAAGGAAUCUGAGUUGCAGAGCAUCCAGAAGGACCUGCUGGAUAAAGAAACUGCUGAAGCACAGUUACAUGCAGUGACUGAGGAAAUGAAGCAACGCUUGCAAGGAAAGACAAACAUUGAUUCAAUUGAAGUUGAAAUCACGGAAAGUCAGACAAUUGCAGACAAACUGACUGAAACCGAUAAAAGCCCAGAAGAUUAUGAAGAAAAUGAAAAAAAUUGUUCGGCAGCUACAAAUCUUGAAGAAAACCAGAAGCCUGCUCUGAAAGAGAGGAUUUCAACUCUUGAACAAGAAAAAGAACAACUUCAAAAAAAACUUCAGGAAGCCCUGGUGUCUCGCAAAGACACUAUAAAGAAGGCUCAAGAAAAAGACAGGCAUUACAGAGAACAGCUUAAACAGCAGAAAGAUGAUUACAACAUCCUACAAGAACAAUUUGAUAUGCAAAGCAAAGAGAAGGAAAGCAUCCAAGCUCAGCUCAGACAACUCCAAGAACAGAGAGGAUCAACAGAGAGUAUUCCUGAGAAUCAAGGUUGGUUGGAUUCUUCAUGCUUGGAAGCAGAAAAUACUACAAACAGCAAGCUUAUACAAGUUGCAGGUGUUUCUGGGGAAGAGUAUAAGACAAAAUUUGAGAAACUGCAGGUGGAAAAAGAGGAGUUGGAACAUAAGGUCAGCCAUAUGGAAAAUGAACUUGCUUGCAAAUCAGAAUUAGUCUUUCAUUUGCAAGAGCGCAUAGCACAGUUGUUUCCGGAGACAGAAGGACUGACUAGAACCUCUGACCAAGCUGAAGCUGACACAGCAAGACUUCAGACAGAACUGGAGGAAAGUCAAGUAAAAGUUUCUAGAGAAGGCAAUCUGGAAGACCUGAAAACACUUAUGCAUCAAAAGGAUGAAGAAAUUAAAUUCCUUAAUUUGCAGUUAAGGCAGAAAAGUGAAGCUCUCAUUAACGUACAGGCACAGUUGCUGGAAAAAGAAGAUUCAGUCAAGAGACUCUGUAGUCAGUUUGAAACUCAAGCUCAGGUACAUGAGGAACAAAGCAAGAGACUGCAAACUGAGCAGCCUGAAAUUCAGCACAAGCAAGAUGACAAUGCAGAAACAGCUAAACAGAAGAAUCAAAUGCAGAGAAAGUUGCAAGCUGCACUUAUUUCUAGAAAAGAAGCAUUAAAGGAGAGCAAAUCUCUGAAAGAGGAACUGGCAAAUGCCAAAACUAUUAUUGAGAAUCUUUCUGUCAAGUUGACAAAUAUGGAAAGCCAAAUAUGUGGCCAUGUUAAAGAAACAGAUAGUUUAACAGAAAAGUUAGUGGGUCUCACUGAAGAGCGAGAAAAACUUAUUGCAGAAGUUGAUAAGGUAGUUAGAGAAAAUCAGAAUCUUGAUGGAUGCUGUAAAAACCUUAAAUUGACUCUAGACAGAGUUGUUCUAGAGAAGGAGAAGCAGGAGAAGGAGAUGGAAUCCCUGAAAUGUUUUCAAGCUGCUGAGAGUUCUGAGUGGCGUGAGAAAUACAGGGAGCUUCAGACAGAAUAUGAAACUCUCCUGCAGUCAUAUGAAAAUGUGAGCAAUGAGGUUGAGCGGAUUCAGCGUGUUUUGGAAACUGUUAGACAGGAAAAGCAGGAAAUUUUCAUUAAGCUGAAAAGUGCUGAAGCAAAAAGAGAAGAAACAGAUAAGCAGCUGCAGGAAGCUGGGCAGGAAAUUGAUGGAAUGAAGGAGAAAAUGAGGAAAUUUGCAAAAUCAAAGCAACAAAAGAUCCUGGAACUAGAGGAGGAGAAUGAGAAGCUUAGAUCAGAGAUGCAUUCUACAGAUGAGGAUCUACACAGGACCAGAGAUGUAUCUUUAUUUACAAAUAUUAGCCUGAAAGAAGAUCUGGAGAGCUCUAGGAGGGAUUAUCAGUCUCUUUCUACUCAGCUUGAAACAGUAAUGGCUGAAAAAGAGUCUCUUACUCAAGAGAUCACAGACUUAAAGCAUCACUUGCAGUUAACAGAAUCCAAGCUGAAGGAAAGCAGAGAACUGAUAGACAAGUAUGUUGCCCAGAAGACAACAGCGGAAGAAACAAAUCAGGCAGUUGUCAUGCCACCACCUAUGGAGAGGACUGAAAAUCAAGUGGACUUAAGCUGUAGACCAAAAUCUCCUAAUGCAGAGCUGGAACAAAAAGCUUUUGAAGAUAGUAGCUUAUCUGAGGAUCUUAAUAUCUAUGUAAAAAAGAUAGCUGAGCUCACAGAGCGAAUCACAGAACUAGAAGAUAAUAGGAGGGCUUCAGAACAACAGCUGGGUGACAUCCGCGUUUGUGUGGAGACUUUAGCAGGUGAGAAAAGGGCUUUAGAGACCCAAAUGGAAGUGAAAGUCCAUGAACUGAAUAUUCUCCAGGACACAGUAGCAAAGAUGGAGCAAACAGUUCAAAACACAAAAGAAGACCUCAUCAGGAUGUCUGAACUGAAGGACACUCUAGAGGCUGAGAAGGAUGAUUUGGAAGAAAGGCUCAUGAAUCAGCUGGCAGAACUUAAUGGGAGUAUUGGAAAUUAUCAGCAAAAUGCAACAGAGUUCCAAAUUGAAAAUGAGCAACUGAAACGUGAGCUUCAGAGUUUGCAGAGAAUGAUACAUGAAGUAGAGGAGGAGAAACGUCAGAUGGUAAAGGAGAAUAGUAAAGCAAGUUCAGAAAAGCAAAAGGAAUAUUUAGAAAAGCUAAAAAACAUGUGGAGGGGAGACAGUAGCACACAUGUAAAGGAGCUUCAGGAAUUGCUGAGACAGAAACAGCAGGAGAUUAAGCAGCUGCAGAAAGACUGUAUUAAAAGCCAGGAAAAAAUUAGUAGUUUAGAAAGAACUGUUAAAGCUCUGGAAUUUGUCCGGAGUGAGUCUCAGAAAGAUCUAGAAGCAGCCAAAGAGACUUUAGCAAAAGCACUUGAAGACACCAGUAAAGCCCAGAAAGAGCUUGCUCUCUGCAGAGUAGUAUUGGAUGACACACAGAGUGAGGCAGCAAGGGUUCUAGCAGAGAGUGUCAAAGUAAAAGAAGAGUUACGGGCAAACAAAGAGAAUAUUCAAAUUCAAAUGAAGAAAAAAGAUGAGGACUUUGAAAGAAGACUGGAACAGGAGAAAAACAAGCACUCAAAGGAAAUCAAGAACAUGGAAGAAAAGCUGGCAACUUUGCAGAGGGAGAAAGACUAUAUGGAAACAACUGUUCGUGAUGUUCAAGGCUCUUUGACAACAAAGGAUCAAGAAGCCAAGGAGUUGGAAGGCAACCUAAACAAAACACUAGCCCAACUUGCAGCGUUCACCAAGAGCAUGUCUUCCCUUCAGGAUGACAGGGAUAGAGUGAUAGAUGAAUCCAAAACAUGGGAGAAGAAAUUCACAGAAACUAUUCAAAAGAAGGAGGAAGAAAUACGUUCAAAAGAGGAAAUGUGUGUUAUGCUAAAGGACCAGAUGAAGCAGAUGACUAUACAUAUGGAAGAACUUCAGAUUCAUAUAUCCAGGCUGGAAUGCAAUAAGAAAGACUGGGAAUCUGAAUAUAAGGAGGAGAUUCAGCAUCAUCAAAAGACAUGCGAAAUAUUGCAGGCAGAAAAAAAGGAGCUUUUAACUCAGCUAGAAGGGUCUCAGAAACUGUACAAGGAGUCUCAGAAUGAACAGCAGAAACUGGAGUCAGAAAUCCAGAGCCUGAGAGACCAACUUGCUGACUUGCAGAGUUCCUUUGCCAGAUGUGAAUUGGUCAGAGAAGAGCUGGAGAGUAUGGUCAAGCAGCAAGAGACCAGUAUCCAGAAUUUUAAAUUCAGCUGUGAACAGCUUGAGGCUGAUCUGCGGGCUUCCAAGGACUUAACAAAUAAGCUGCAUGAAGAAACCAGUGCCAAAGAUCAAAAGAUCAUUAGUUUGCUGUCUGCCAAGGAAGAAGCAGUUACAGCAGCUCUAUCUGAAUUACGGCAGCAAUAUUCUGAAGAAAUGACGUUGAUGGAGGAUAGGCUAACUAAGGAGGAAGAAGAUAAAAAAGCCUUGGAAAAUGAGAAGAACAAAUUUCUUGACAAACUUGAUCAUCUCACUGAAAAGAUUAAGAUAAUUAGAGAAGAAAAUAAGCAGCAGAAGGCACAACUGGAAUCCUUCACCAAAUCCAUGUCAUCUUUGCAAGAUGACAGAGAUCGUGUACUGAGAGACUACGAGCAACUUGAGGAACGUCAUCUUGUUGUAAUCUUGGAAAAAGACCAACUAAUUCAAGAGGCUGCAGCUGAAAAUAAUAAACUCAAGGAAGAAAUCAGAAGUUUUCAUAGCCAGAUGGAUGACCUCAACUCUGAGAAUGCCAAGCUGAGUGCAGAGCUGGUGCGGUACAGAGAAGAUCUGAACCAAGUAAUUUCAAUAAAGGACUCCCAACAGAAACAACUUCUCAAAACACAGCUUCAGCGGAUCCAGACUCUGGAAAAGGAGAAGGCAAUAGUAGAAACACAGCUGAAGGAGUCUGAGCAUACUCAGGAUAAUCUCAGGAAGUGCAUGGAAGUCUUGAGAGAGGAUAAAGUCAGUAUGUCUCAAGAGGUUGAAACCCUUACAUCCUCUCUGUCCCGGGUACAGAGUGAGAUGGCAGCAUUAUGUGAGGGGGGUCCUAUCAUGGAGUGUCAAGCACAACUGAAGGCCCGACAGGAAGAGGCACAAGAACUGAAUCAUAAGCUUGCCCUCUCACAGAAAAGAAUAAGGGAACUUGAGGGAGAACUAGUAUGUGUUCAAAGGGAUGCAGCCAGAAGAGUGGGAGAGGUUGAAGACAGGCUUAAAAAGGAAUUAAAGUACCUGCAUCAUGAUGCAGGGAUAAUGAGGAAUGAAACAGAAACAGCAGAGGAGAGAGUAGCAGAGUUGGCACGGGACCUGAUGGAAAUGGAACAGAAAUUUCUUGCAGUUACAGAUGAAAACAAAGAUCUGAGAGCCCAAAUUCAGUCUUUUGGGAAGUCCAUGAGCUCUCUUCAGGAUAGCAGGGACCAGGCCAAUGAAGAGCUUCAAGUUUUGAAACAGAAAUACUCUGCAGACUUGGAGGAACAACAGAGUCUAGUGCAGGAGCUUCAGAAAAAGAUGGUUCAGUUACAAGAGGAGCAAAAUUCUACUGCCAGGGACCGAGACACAUUGAGGUCUGAGCUGACAGAACUGCAGAAAGCUGCUGAUGAAAGAGGUCUCUUGGCCCAGAUUGAGAAACUUUAUAAGAAGCUCAGAGCCAAAGAUGAUGAGCUUCUCCAUUUGUCUUCAGAACUGGAAGGCUCUUCCAACCAAGUCAAAUCUUUCUCCAAGGCAAUGGCAAGCCUGCAGGAUGAAAGAGACCGUCUGCUGAAUGAAUUAGACAAAACGCGUAAGAUUGAAGAAGCAAAGCAGCGAGCAGAAGGGAGCACUUUGACCACUCCUUCAGAAGUGCAGAGUCUUAAGAAGGCACUGUCCUCCUUGCAGAACGACAGAGACAGAUUAGUAAGAGAGUUGAAGAAUCUGCAGCAGCAAUACAUACUAGUUGGGAUAGAAUCAGCUGAAAACUCUCGCUUAAAGGCACAAGUACAGGAAUAUCAGCAAGAAGCAGAUAAACAGCACCAUCUCCAAGAGCAGCUGGAGCAAGAAAGUAUUUUCUACCAGCAGGAGCUCCAGCAGCUUAGGCAAGAGAAAAUUACUUGGGAAAAGCAGAUCGGCAGCAUCAAAGAGCAGUACCUGAUGGUCAUAGCAGAAAAAGACAAGCAGCUGAGCCAUUUACAAAAGAUCAUGCAAGAAAUGAGGCUGCCCCUUACCAAGUUUCAAACUGUAGAGGAGCAGUACCAAAAGAAGGUUUCUCCAGAAGCUCUGAGAGGGGACUUUUCAAGCCUGGAAACAGAGACAGAACAUCUCCAGGCCCAGUUAAGUGACUGCCUGAAAGAACUGCACCAAAAAGAGCUCAGAAUUCAGCAUUUAAACAGUAAGCUCUCUCAGGUAUUUGAGGAGAAAAAUGCCCUCUCCCUCCAGCUGCGUGGUAGCAGUCGAAACAUCUGUGAUAGUCACCAGCACUACAAUGAGGUUCUGAACCGCUGCUUGGUGCUUGAAAGGCAGCUCCAGGAGCUGCAGUCUGCAGACAAGAGCAUGGAGUCUUUUACAACAGAUGCUGCUCCUGGAGCACCCCAAGAAAAGAGUGAGCCUGGAGGGAGUUACACACCUGAACUACAGGAGUUGCAGCUGAGGUUGUCUGAAACUGAAAAUUUACACAGCAGCACAAAGCAAGAUCUGAGGUAUUUAGAGGAGCAACUGGAGGAAGAACGGGACCGUCGUCUUGCUGUAGAGGAAGCACUCUCUGCAGCACAGGAUCAGAUCAGGAGGUUGCAGUCAAGUGAGUGGACAUCUUCCUUAAGUGGUAGCAUUGAUAUGACUCCAGGUCAUGAGCAUUCCUUGCUGAUUGACUCCAUGGAUAAUAAUUUCAGCAAAACUCGGAAUAUUGUUGGACUACGACGCUUGUUACGCUCUCUCUUCCGUUCCCGGACCCACUUGCCUUUGCUAGUGGCCGUGUAUCUGCUUGCUCUUCAUGCCCUGCUCUUCCUGUGCUUUACAGGCCACCUAUGAACAGAACAACAGCCUUUUCUUGAGCCACAGCCCUCUGUGUAAUCCCUGAGCCUGUACUCCCUAUCCACCAGGUAGCUGUAACCAGCACACCUCCCAGCUGCCUUCCUUUUCCAAAUCAGCCCUUAAGGGGCAGCACCACCCAGCAACCUGAACACAAGUUGCUUGCUGUCUGAAUAUGCAGCAGCCAGUGCUGAUGCCUGGGGUAUGUUUCCAGGACAUCUGUCAUUCCAUUCAGUGGUUUUAAAUGAUUGAGCAGUACAUUUUCUGAACUGGGGUCCUCAAGCUAACAGUUUAAAGGACAGCAUCUGAUCCCAUACCUGGAGGUAGCAUCACUCAUUUUAUGUAAUAUCGUGAUAUGGUAGGAAUAAAUAAGAUAUUCAUGAAUUGCUGCAGAAAUUCAAUGCUUCUAAGAACUGCAGGAUCUUCACCCUCUUAGACUGAAUCAGUGAGCUGGGUUGAGAAAACUAGGUGCAAGAAAGGAAAGCUUCUUCCCUUUCUUUUGUACCCUAUUUCAUACUCCACAGCUCAGUGCUAUUUGAAAUGUAUAUCCUAAGGAGUUUGUGGACACUUUCAGGAAUAUGAAUUUCAAAAUCAUGCUUCCUGCUCAGUUGCAUUGCCUGUUGAAAUAGGGACAAAAUUAGUAUGUUUGGACCUACUGAGCACUCCAUUUAAAAACAGUUGUAUGUCUGCUCUGACAAGCUUGUAAAAUAAUGUCAGAAAUGUAACUAUUGAAAAGGAAUAGGAGGAAGAAACUGUUUAGCUCCAAGUUAAUAACCUUGCUGCUUAUAGCAUUUGUGCACCUCUUACUGAAGAGAGAAAGUGCUUGCAUACUUCUUGAAAAGAGAGCAGCCGUGCUCUUGCAUUUUGCUUCGCUGUACCGUUGUCACAAGAUUAAACCUGUACAGGCUGUGUUGAAGGGUUCCAUAAUGUGGUAUGUGGGUCCAGAUCAAAUGCAGAAGAACUUGAACUAUAACUGUUCCCCCUGUCCUGGGGAAUGGAACAGAGUUCUGAGGCCUGUGGCAUCGUUGCUUUAAGAAAAGCUUGUAGAAUGCUAAUUGUGAUCAUUGGACUUGUUUGACUAAAGCAAACUGAUGUAAAUGGACUUGAUCAAAUAGGAUACAUGAAAAGCUGUUUUUCUAAAGAACUCCUGAAAAUGUCCUGGAGUUGAGACGGUGCCCUCUUCCAAAGGGAGAAUGUUGAAUGCAAAGAAGAUAGUGCUAGUUCAGUUUCUUGUCAAAGACCAAGCCAUCGCUCUGUUCAGAGUACUUGGCAGAAGGAUUGUAUCUGCCUUUUGCUGGACUAUUCAUGUUUGCAUUUUUUCACAUGGGAAAGAGAGAGUUCUUUUGAUAUUGCUGGUAACCUAAGAGUCUCUAGUCACUGAAAAAAGCCUGUUUGAGGAUGGAUUGAAUUCAUCAUUGUAGCUAAAAUAAUUAGAUCUGGCAGAACACUGGCACAAAAUAGCCAUUAGUGCACUAUCCUUGAUGAUUUGUGUGAAUUUCCUCAACUACAUAAAAUUCUGCGACCAAAUACUUUGCCUAUAGCUUCCUGGGGCAUGUGCUCCUGUACAUAAUAAAGAUUAUUUUUCAGAUGGAA